AUGUCCAAAAUUACCACAGAGCUCCUGCUGGAAAGAGCGGUGCCCAAAUCCACCAGGCUGCGGAAGAUCGAGACGCUCGACCUAUCCAAGCUGCAGCUGAAGGCUGGAGACCUGGACCCACGUUUGUUCUCUCGCCUGAGGCACCUCCAGAAGCUGGAUCUGUCUGAUAACCUGCUGGAGAAAUUCCCCAACAGCUUAGCCCUGCCUGAUCUGCGUGUCCUGAACUGCAACAACAACAGACUGGAGGAUGUCACUGCUCUGAAACAGUUCCCUCUGCUUGAGGAGCUGACCUAUGAGAACAAUGUCUACCUGACACUGAAUGAUGACUACAAAGUCAUGUUCCUGCUGGAGAACCUGCGGCUGCUCAAUGGUAAGGACAUCACCAAGCUGGCCAACCACGUCCGCCGUGUCAACAGCCGUAAGCUCACCAGCAAGGUUACUGCUCACUGGGAGAAGUUCUUCCGUGACCAGCUGCCUGAGAAGCACACAGCUGAGCAGCUCAGGUCUGUCAAGGAGAAGUUCCUGGAGUCAGCCCAGGCCAACAUUGUCUACGGCCCCAGCUCGCUGAGCGAGUUCACCCGCUGGCGGGUGAAAAUGAUUGCAGAGGAGUUUCUGUCCUACUCGCUGGGUCUGGAGUUAAACACAGAGCCUGAACCAGAGGAAGAGACAGAGGAGAGUGAGGAAGAAGCUGCAGAAAGCCCCAGGGAAGCUGCACAGGAUGUCACUCAGGUCACACUAAAGCCCAGCAAGAGGAAAAGGAAUAAUUCAAAAUCUGGCUCUGGAAGCAAGAGGUCCAAGUCCCAGGCAGACACCAAGGAGGAAGCUGUUGUCACUCCCAGAAAGUCCAGGCACGUGCAGGAUGAGCCAGCUCCUGAUAAACCCAGAACCUCAAACCAGCCAGCCAAGGAGGCAAGCCCUGAGCAGGGGGCUGAAGGGACACAGAAGAAUGGAGAGCAGUUCCCCAGGGGACAAAGCAACAGGAGGUCCAGCCAGCUGACAGGGGAGCAGAAAAGCCAGGAGCAGGACAAUGGAGUUAUUAGCUUGACCCCAGUGAAGAACUCCAAGGGCAAGGAAGAUGUCAGUCCAGAGCCCUUGCACUUCCUUCAGUGUCACAGCAAAGGCAACAGCAGGGAGGAUUUUAAAACCCAGCUCUGGUCCGGUGUCUUCGAGCCCUUGCUAGACUCUGGAGCCACGAAAGAUCCUGUUGUGAGCUCCUCCAGAACUGUGGCAACAUGUGGAGGGGAAUCUGUCUGUCUGAUCGAUUGUGAGACAGGGAUGGUGCUGAAAAAGUAUAAAGUGGCCACAGAGGAGUUCUUCAGCGUGGCGUGGACAACCCUCAUGAUGGCCAACAGCGACAACAGGAAGAAGUCCCACAACAUCUUGGCUGCUGCUGGCAGGAGAGGCAUUGUCAAACUGAUACAUGUGGCAUCUGACUUCUGCUAUGGGGAGAUAAAGGCUCAUAAAAAGCCCAUUGCCACUGUCUGCUUCAGCCCAACUCGAGAAACUCACCUCUUCACUGCAUCCUAUGACAAGCGGAUUGCACUCUGGGAUAUUGGGAUUCCAGACUCUGACUACAAUUUCAAAGCAAGCCAGCUGCUGGUGCUGGAAGCGCUCUCCAUUCCCUUACGCAUUGCCCUGGUCCCCACCUGCCCGGAGCAGUACCUGCUUGCUGGCUGUGAAAGUGGCUGCUGUGCCUGGAAUAUCAAACUGGAUAAGGAUAAAAAAAACAGGACUUUUGAAGCCAUAUUCCAGUUUCCUGAUGAGGAUGGAGAAAUGACAUCAUCUCACAGGGUUGAUGGUUUGGCUUUUCUCAAUGAUGAUGUCAUUGUUUCCAAGAGCUCUAAACCAGGCUGCAUCUACUUAUGGAGCUGGUCUCGGACGUUUGACGCCAAGGCCAAGGGCUGCCAGCGAUCGGUGACUGCUCUCAUUCUGGCUGAGCUGGAGUGGUCCAACACAGACCUGUCCUACCUGACACUCAGUACCUGCCCAGCUAAAGGCUAUGUGUUCUGUGGUGAUGAAAAGGGCAGUGUGUGGAUGUAUCACCUCUCCAGCCACCUCACAGCAUGGUCCUCCCCUGCCAAGGGUAAACGCUCGGAGAAGAGGAUCCCUCCCACACAGAUCCUUUCAUGGCCGGAGCUCCACGCCAACGGCGAGCAGCUGACCGAAAUCUUCGUCAACAACGUGGUGACAGACCCCAGCUUCAGCUACCUGGUUGUCCUCACCAGUGUCAACAUCACGGCCAUCUGGAAGAAGUCCUAGGCCCUUCUACCACUUCUCCAUCCCCUUGCUUUCAACUAGUGCAGUAUUAGUGACUGGUACCCAUGUAACCAUGACCUUUUCUAGACCAGCUGUACCCUGGCAGAGCACAAACCAAAACACUUGAGGGAAGAGUUUGUUUGAAGCCAUCACCACCACCUUCUUCUCCUUCUCCUCCUCCUCCCCCUCAGCAUCCACUUUCUUUUACUGUAAGUUUUCACA